AUGGCUGAGGAGAAUCAUCGAUGGAUGAUUGAAACCGGCAGGUUGUCGGAUUUCAGACUCAUCUGCCAGGGCAAGGAGAUCCACGUUCACAAGACAAUGCUCGCCAGUCACUCCAAGUACUUUGAAACUCUUUUUAACAGCGGCUUUAAGGAGAAUAUGGAUGGCGUGGCUUUUUUCCAAGACAUUGAACCAGAGCUUAUGCGUCACCUCCUCGACUACUUCUACAAAGGCACCACCGAAUGGAAUGCCCCAAAGGCCGAUUUGGAGCUACAUGUCCGACUCUGGAUCCUUGCCGAUCGGUUGGAGGCUUUGACAGUCAUGCUUACUAUUGAGAAGCGAAUGAUGGACGCGCUUUCGUCUUACCAGAGCAAGCCCCAGGCCAUUGAUCUCAUCGAUUUGGUCUUCGCGCACCAGGCUUGUGCAAGAUCUGCUAUGGGAUACAUCUUUAGCGAGGCCGCUUGGGUUGUGUACCUUGAUACGAAGCGCCCUGACUCUGCCACACGUGUGGCGAGGGCAUUCGGCAGACAUCAUUACCUGGCAAACAUGAUGGUUUGGUGGUCUGCUCGAUGCAUCAUAUCCAGUAACAAGCAUGACAAGGCCGUUUUAUCGACAAGAAGUGUGCUUGCAAGAGACACUGCGAUCAAAGAUCAUCUCACGAAGACGUCCUGA